GCAAUUCUGUCAUUGUUGCCCAAUACAGUGUUUGUCUUCCUAAUUUAUGCUUUAUGAUUCUAGGUUGUAUUGCAAAUAUCUUACCUGAGUUGGAUUGCUGCCAUCCAAAGCAGUGGUUGUAUUCGAUUCCUUGAAAAUUCGAUGUUUCAAAGCUUUUCUUUGAAGAUCUCCUUUUAAAUUUUUCUCAAUCAUGAGAGAUGAAAUUGCAACAACAGUUUUCUUCCUCACAAAACUGGUGAAAAAACAUGAUAAACUGAGUAAGCAACAAAUAGAAGAUUUUUCAGAAAAGCUGACUACCAUCCUGGUUGAAACAUACAGAAGUCAUUGGCAUGCCGAUUGCCCUUCUAAAGGGCAAGGUUUCAGGUGUAUCAGGAUAAACAAUAAUCAGAAGAAAGACCCCAUUUUAGAAAGGGCUUGUGCUGAGAGCAAUGUAGACUUUUCUCACCUGGGCCUUCCAAAGGAGAUGACCAUAUGGGUAGAUCCCUUCGAAGUGUGCUGUAGGUAUGGUGAGAAAAGCCAUCCAUUUACUAUUGCUUCUUUUAAAGACAGAUGGGAGGAAUGGGAGGUCUCUCAACAGAUCACUUCUGCUGUGAAUAGAGCCACUUUAGACUACUCCUCCAGCACUUCCUCUGAUGAAGAAGGUUCUAGCAGGGAACCUCAGAUCAUUCCUAAAGUCAGCAAUCCGAAGAGUAUCUAUCAGGUUGAAAACUUUCCAUCUUGGUUCCAGAUGUCCCACAAAAAAAAUGUGGCAGACGGCCGUGUGGGCCUGCUGGGAAGUACGUAUCACACUACACAGAAGAACCCCAAGUACUACAGGUCUGCUACCGUGCACCGGGUGGACAGGUACCACUGGAUCAACUCGCACCGCUAAGGCAGCUGCUAGGCAGGUGGUGGGAGAGUGCUGGAGGAGUUGCUUUAUUUUCCCAAAAUGAAAAUGAGUCUGAAAUGGAGAGGCCCAUUGAAACAGGAAAAAAAUCAGGUUCAGAACUGAGGUAUAUGGUUAUGAAUCCUCUCAGAUGAUGAUUCUGUUCUUAGCUGUACUUUUAAUCCUUAAUUGUAUGUGUGACAUUUUAUGUAAUUCUUAACUAGUAAUAGAAUGAAGAUGCUGACCUGUCAUAAGAUGUAAUGAAUUAUAUGAAAAGUAACAAUUUAAAUAAACAUACUGUGUUUUUAA